GUAUUGCUAUACCAGUGAACCAGGACCUUGUAGUUCAAACCACAAGUAAAUUUUUGCCUACCAAUAGGUGUAGAAUUAACAGAACUAGAAAAAACUUGUGGAGUGAAACCUAUUCUGCUAAACAAAUAAGAUAUAAUUCUUUAAUUCAAAGAAGAAUUAAUAGUGUUGAUCUUAAUACACCUGCUAUAACAUCAGAUGGACAAGGAACUCUACUUAGAUGGCCU